CAAGACAAUUGAUUUUCUAUCAUCUGUAACUUUAAAGUAUUAAAUAUUUAAACAUACGACAGAUCUGUCCCUGAUUUAUAGUAUGAACAUUAACUGUAAACUAUAAUCAGCAGGAAUUUGGUUAUUUUUUUUAUAUAAGAAGAGUGGAAUAAAGCUGCUCGCUCUGUUUUGACUAUCGAGUACAUAAAGUCAUUAGGGAGUGUAAGGAGACAGUCACUUCAACAUAGCAUUCAUUACUUAUCGUUGAUUGACUAGUUGUGUCAUCACAGUUUCACCUGAGGAAUGAGGAGUAGCAUUUAAUUAAGCAUUUAAUUAGGGAUGGCCCAAUGCUACUUUGUCUAUGUCUGAUACUACUGGCGAUACUGCAACAUUUUUGUUAACAGUAGCUGUACAGUAGAUCAGGGGUCCCCAACCACCGGGCCAGGGCCGAACUGGGCCGAGGAAACCUUUUAGGGGCAAUGAUAAAAAAAAAAAAAAUACACACACACAAAAAAAUACUUUUGUAAAUAACUAAAUACAAUUUUAAGUAAAUGCAUAUCAAUUUUGAAAAUAUGGGCCAUUAUUUUAUUAAUAAAAUAAUAUAGUUUGAAGUUUUUGCAUGUUUAUGUUGUUUGUUGCGAGUGUUAACACUUUGUUUGACAGUCCUUGAACGCACCAUUUUGAGUGCGCUAGCCUUCACCCACCCUGCACAGAUUGUCAACUAUACUGUAUUUUUUGGGGGGGGGUUUCACUUCAUAUUUGCUCCCAAAUGCUGAUACUCUGUGGGAAUUCAUAAAGAUCACUCCAAGGGAAAGGGUUGUUUUGAGCGCAGUACGGACGCCGCACUACAUUUUGCAAGUAACUUCUCAGUGUGACCGCACAUGAAACAUGUGUAAGUAUGGAAGUGUGUGAAUUGAGACCGCCUUUCCAAUGAACCUCCCCCAUCAAUGAGGUUGUACUCCCUGUCGCCAUAGCCAAUCACCGUGCAGCAACACCAAUCUGAGCCAACCAGCUGAAAACUGUGAUGACUCUCAGCUGGGCAUAGAUGAGCUGGCCACACUUUGGAAGGAUGAAGUCCAAUGAAAGUAAGGCGGCCUUGAUGGCCAUCAAGGAAAACAUUGAGAUGGAAUUGUUUUCGUCAAAUGAAUCCACUGUGGUGAUAUCAACUCAAGAGAUGGAGGAAGAACACUGCUUUUAUCAGAAAAACUUGGAACAUCCUCUGGUUUAUAGUUGUGAGGAAAACCCACAGCCAGAGGUUCAGAUCCAGCAAGACAGGCGGCAACAGGCCAAACCCAAGCCCAACACAGCGUCUCCUGCCAGGGAGAGAACCGGAAGCUGCCUCCCACCCUCCACAUUCAUGGAGGACAUCGAGAUAGAAAUGGAGGUGUUUUCUUCCCCCAAAAGCUCUGAGGGAAAGUUAGUUGAGAGCAUGACUCCGUCGUCUCACACACCCUCUUUAAAUAAAGAAAGCCGAGUCAGAUGGAAGAGUUUGACUCCACAGAAGACUGGGCUCGUGGUCAAGGAUGUGCUCUGUUUAUCAAGAGGUCACUACAAUGAUGAAAUCAUCAGCAAUAUAGCACCACAAGGUAAAGAGCGAGAGCUUCUUUCCGCCAUGGGAAUGAUUGCUCGAAUCACCAUAGACUGUGAGUGGUCACCCAAUCAGCUGGAGAGUCGGCUGGUGGCACUUUUCAGAGAGCGAGUUGCGAAACAGACUGGACAAAAGUUUUCUUUCACAUAUUUACAGUGCAUACAGGGAUGUCGGGUUCUGUUUGUACCACGCACGCCUGCAGAAGGAUGGACCGGAGUGCAGGUGCUCAGGAUCUCAGGAAACGGUGCUCUGUAUAUACUCAGCCACCAUGACCACUCGCAGGUGGCAAGUGAGACAGCUGUGGUUGACAGGGAAGAAUUAUGUCUGGAGGCAAGAACAGAGAAAAGCCAGGAUGGAGACAGACAGAACCACCCACGUAUUGAUGAAAACACAGACAAAGCUCCUGCCCCUGGAUGCAUGGAUGUUAAUAAAAGGACCUGAAACAUCAUAAUUUGGGAAUGGAUUACUGUUCCAGUUGUUCCACAUCUUGCCAUGAAUGGUUAAGAAAAUGGAUGGAUGGGUCGUUAAAAUUCAUUGUUUCCUGUUUUAGAUGCAAUGGAGGUGAAAUUGGCUAACUAUCCCAGGAUACAUUGUAAUACUCUGCCGAGCUUACAGAAUACCUCUCUAAAGGGGCGUGCUGUGUUCACCCGUCAUGUUUGGAAUAGUGGAGAGAGGAAUGAUGCAAAAGUCCUUAGACUCAAUCAAGAGAUGUAAUUCUGCUCUCUGAUGAUUUUUGUGUUGUUUGCAUACUGCAAGUUUGCAAAGUACUGUAAUCUACUCUAAUAGAUGAUUGAUUUCAGUCAACAAGAUGACCAA